GUGUGGAUCACUUCGAUUGUCUGAAGCAUUUUGCAAAUUGCAAUGUUUUGUAAUAAUAAUAUAGGCUGUGGGUGUAGAUUAUGGUCAGACAUAAACGAUAUGUGUUAAUAAUUUGCUUCAACUUUAAACUACAACCCACAAUUACAAGGAAUUGACGUUUCAUGUGGGAAAUUUCGCACCUCUGCGCCUAUGAAUUUGCUCUGGAAUUGGCCGUAACUAUAAACUUUUAAUAUUGGUUUCCAAGAGGCCCUGAGGAGCCGCGAAUAAUCAAAUCUAGACAAAUCAAUCUUAAACAUGACUUUGGUUGAAAACCUUCAAACGUGGAAAGAAGCUGUGGAAAGUUAUAACGAAGGUGACUUUCAGCGUUCGCUCGAUAAAUUCAGAGACAUGAAAGAUUCCUCGGCAAAGAUAGCAUUUAACAUUGGGAGGACAUAUUUAUCGCUGUGUGACUUACAAGCAGCUAUACAGGCAUUUCAAGAAGUUAUUAAAAAGGAUGAACAUUUGGCUGUUGGGCAUUUCAUGUUAGGUGUUGUCAACCUGAUGUGCACAAGGUACUCAGAUGCUCUGGUAAACUUCAAUGAGACAUUUAGAAAUCUAAGAGAAAGUAAAUUUAUUGACUACAAGCAGCUAGGCAUGCGGUAUAAGUUAUAUAAGUGUGAGGUCCUUCUCAAUCGCGCUGUAUGUCUGUCUAGUCUUGGUUAUAUUGACAGUGCAGUUGAAGAUCUUCUUGCUGGGCUGCAGUGUAAAGUUGAACCACGGCAUAGCAUCAUUGAUGUUAGCUUGAAUAACUUGCAGAGUGGCCAAGGCAUAGAGUUUCUUGUGAUGGAUGCAAUUUUUCAGCCACCAAAAUCCAAGACAGCAAAUUUAGAGAAAAGAGAUUACCUGGGAAAAUCACAGGUUGUGGUUGAUAGUGGAGCUUAUGAAACAAUGGAGACCCCAUUACAUUUGAGAGGACGAAUUAACAGUAGUGCUCCUACAGCAACGUCAAAGCCUCCGCUGACAGAUAUUGGCGAAUCAUAUCGAGUACUCUAUGAUUUCACCGCACAAAAUGCUAAUGAAGUGUCUGUCAAAGCUGGUGAUAUUAUUACAGUGACUGAGACUGCUGACGACGGGUGGUUUACCAUGGUAACCAAUGACUCGAGAAAGAACGGGCUAGUGCCAGGUUCCUAUGUCGAGAAAUAUAAAGAAAGAGAUGAGCCUGUUACUGAACGUCAAGCUCUUCUUACCGACUUACGUAAAAAGGAAACGCGACAGUCAUUGAGAAAGGUUAAACCCCCCGUAAACAAACAACAAUAUAAACCCCUCCCUGGAGAAAGGCAUAGCAGCGUUAUCGAAAGUGAUCAUACGUAUGCCAACGGCUAUCGUGAACACCCCCGGAAAGAACGUCCAAAGACAGUAGAACUAGGGGGGUUAGAAAAAAUGAGUCCAAAACCUCUUCCAAGAGUGGAACCAAAAAUGCACGCGGGUCCUCCGAAAUUUCGUCGCAAAAAUUCGUUGGAAAACAUACUAGCAGAAAAAAGUCCAAAAGGUUCGCCGCGUUUUGGUAAAAAGGGCCUUGGCUCGAAAAAAGGAGAAACGAAUAACAAUGACAUUGAUGAUGACGAUGGUGAUUACGAACACAUUCCGGAUGUUACCGAGGUAAAACCGUAUGCUGUACAUGACGUAAUAACACCGGCAGAAAGACUAAUGUCUACAAAUGGUCGGAAAGCUCCGGAGCGGCCCGCUCCCCCGCCAAAAGUAGUCACGACCAUGAAACCAUCACGUGUUUUCGCUCCUCCAACAGUCGCUCCGCGUUUUCCACGUGCUAAAUCUAUUUCUACUGUUGGCUCAAUUACGUCGACAGUGGAGGCAAAACCCACUUUGGGGUCACCGACUUUCCCAAAACCAGUUAAGAUGCCCCCUAAAAUACCGCAGUCACCCCCUAAAGGCCCCCAGUCACCGAGACGUGCUAAGAAGGAUACUGAAACUCCUGCAAAAGAGACUCGUAGUCAAAAUGUGGCGUUGCAGUUUGUUGUGUCAACAUCUUUGGAUAUCAACGCAUCAACGACUCCUGAAGACAUUCAAAAUGCUGCGAAAGAAGCUAUCGCACGAAAUAUAGCGUCGCUUUUAUGCUGCGAAAAAGAUGGCAAGAAAAUAAGACUAGCUGAUUUUCGGGGAGGAAAUAUUUCUGAUCUCGUCAAAGAUGGAAAAUUAAAGAUUUUGUGUGGCCAAUGAUAACUAGAAUUUUUUUAAUAUUGUGUAAAUAUACGAUUAGUGUGAGUAUGAUUAAGUUGCUAUGACGGAAUUACGGUGAGAAAUGACAAGCUUUUAUGUUUUUUAGGAGAACUAUCGCUUGUUAGAACUGCACACAUGGGGUUUGUAACCAGUACAUGUUGUGUCUUGGUUGACUGCUGGCGGAUAACCAAGUUUACCCCACAGCACACUUGUAUAAUGACUUGUGUUUCACAUCAAUAAUAAAAUGCCCCGUUCCACGCGGGGACCCGGCUUACAAGGUCGCAAAUAG